AAAUGAAGCUUCAUAACAGAAAAAUGGGGUGGCUCUUCUUGCCAUGCCGAUCUGUACCCCAGGCGACAGUGGGCUGUCCCCUCAGCCCCAGGCUCGUGGCUGCUCCAUGUCUCUCGGCAGCCCGUUCCUCCUUUUGUCCUUCCUCUUCUGGGGUUUGGGCUGCAAGACUCAAUAAAGAGAUCCUGGAUCAGCUCUGUGCAGACUCACCACAGAAGUCAGCCUGGGCGGUCCAGCCCCCUCAGGAGCCACCAGCCAUGACACCCCUCUGGUUCACUUGCCUGCUGGCUCUCUUUUCAGUGGUCACUGCACACAGCUCCAUAUUUGGUCCUGAGGAGAUAACUGUUUUGGAAGGCAGCCCCGUGUCCAUCAAGUGCUUCUACCCAAACUCCUCAGUCAACCGGCACAGCCGGAAGUUCUGGUGCCAGCCAGAUAAAACUGGCCGCUGCAUGACCCUCAUCUCCACCGACUUCAUCUCUGCGGCAUACAAGGGCAAAGCCAAGCUCACCGACUUCCCAGAGGAGAACUCCUUUGUGGUGGAGAUUGAUAAAGUCAACCAGGACGACACCGGGAGUUACAAGUGUGGCGUGGGAGUCAACGACCGAGGCCUGGACUUUACUGUGAGCCUGCAUGUCAACAAGGAUCCUGGACCGGAUUUUUAUUCAGCAGACAUAAGUGGAGAAGUGACCGUCACCUGCACUUUCACACCUGAGACUAGGGGGAAAAAGAAAACCUUUUACAAGUGGAUUGAAGGGAAUCGCGUACCAAUCAUUGAUACUGAUGGUAAAGUGGACUCAGGCUAUACUGGUCGCAUUACGCUGAACAUCGAAAGCACUACAGCCCUAGAAUUCACAGUCACCAUCAUCAGACUGAAGGUCAGUGACACUGGGAUUUAUGUCUGUGAGAGUGGGAAUCAAGAACACGAUGUUGAACUGCGAGUGAGCGUUUCGGAUCCUGUGCUGCUCUACGGAAAUCAGAAGAGCUCGGUGAUCUUUGACUGUGACCUGAACACGAGUAAGAAAACUGUGCCUGUGUUCCUGUGCCACGUGAAGAAUGAGACCACCUGUGAGGUGGUCGUCAACAGCCUGGGGGAGGUAAACCCAGACUUUAAGGGCAGAGUCUGGCUCAAGUCCAGGAAUGAGGGAAGCUUCAAAGUGGUGGUCGCAGGCCUGAAGAAGGAGGACUCAGGAGACUACCUGUGUGGAUUGCACCCGACAGGUGCACCCACAGCAGGCGGUUGGCCUGUCCAGUAUUGGAGACUCUUCGUCAAUGAAGAGAUCCCCAAGACCCAGAUCUCCACUGUGGUGAAGGGCGUGCCUGGAGGCUCAGUGACCAUCCGCUGCCCCCACAACAAUGAAAAUGACCACAAGUACCUGUGUCUCUGGGGAAAAGAUGGCCAGAGCUGCCAGCCACUGGUGGAUAACGAGGAGGAGGUAGAGGAAGAGUAUGAGGGUCGGCUGCGCCUGAUCCAGGAGCCAGGCAAUGGCAUCUUCACCGUCAUCAUCACCAAGCUCACUGAAAAGGACAACGGCUUCUAUUGGUGUGCGGCUGAAGAUGUAAACCCUUUGUACACUCCGGUGAAAGUCCAGGUUGUGAAAGGAAAACCAGGCCUCACGGUGGUCAGUGAAAGUUCAGGGGACACUGUCACACUCAGCUGCAAGUUCCCCUGCAAGUACUACUCCUACGAGAAGUACUGGUGCAAGUGGAGCAGUCAGGACUGCGAGGCCCUGCCCACCCAGGAGGAAGAUGCCAGCGAUGACGUUGUGAACUGCCGCCUGAUCAGCAAGGUCCUCUCUGUGAACGCGAGUGACAAUGGCUGGUACUGGUGUGGAGUGAAGCAGGACCAAAACUACGGAGAGGCCUUGGCAGUCCACGUGCCACUGGAGGCAACAGUGGAGGACACAGUGAAGGUGUCCCAGCCUAAGGCCAAAGCAGAGCCCCUUCCUGCUGAAGAGAAGGUGGAGCCCGUCGUCAAGGAGGUGGACAGCAAGGUCCUCGUCAAGGAGGUGGACAGCAAGGUCCUUGCCAAGGAGGUGGACAGCAAGGUCCUUGUCAAGGAGGUGGACAGCAAAGUCCUUGCCAAGGAGGUGGACAGCAAGGUCGUCAACAAUCAAGUUGUUGCCAACCCCAAACUCCUUGCCGAGGAGGCUGUGGUGGAGAGCGCUGGAGACCCAGCCAGUGGAAGCAGGGCCUCUGUGGAGAGCAGCAGCGCCCAGGGACAAAGUGGGACCAGCAAAGUGCUGCUAUCCACCCUGGUGCCUCUGGGCCUGGUGCUGGCAGUUGGGGCCAUGGCCGUGGCCGUGGCCAGAGCCCGGCACAGGAGGAACGUGGACCGAGUAUCCAUUGGAAGCUACAGGACAGACAUCAGCAUGUCAGACUUGGCGGGAUCCAGGGACUUUGGAGCCAUCGAAAAUCCAGCCGCCUGCCCUGAGGCCCGAGAGACGUCCCUUGAAGGGAAGGAUGAGAUUACAAUCACCACCGAGAGCACCGUGGAGAUCCAGGAACCCAAGAAAGCCAAGAGGUCAUCCAAGGAGGAAGCUGAUAUGGCCUACUCCGCCUUCCUGCUCCAGUCCAGCGCCAUGGCGACCGAGCACCAGGACGACCCCAAAGAGCCCUAGGCACCUCCAGCUGCUGCCCCCUCCACCUGCAACAAUCCCCUUCAGAAUCAUGUUGAUCCUUGGGGUCCCCAGAGUCAAGAUGGGGGCUCAACUGCCUGCACUCCCUGCACCCGCACUACCCAAGCUUCCCUACCUGUCCCCAGAAGUGUGCUGGCCCCUCCUCAGCAGCAUCAGCACUUGGUUCACCGUUUUGUUGGGGUCUGGAGUGUGAGGAGUUUCCAAUGACAGCAUAUUCCUCCAAGGUGUUGGCAGAAAGGAAGGGAGGACUUCCAAAGGAAGACAGGUCACCCAGUGCAGCAAGGGGAGGCGUUGCCAGCUUCCCUUUGCCCUUGAUGGGUGCUCAGGGCCACUUUCCCACCACCUCCUCCCUUACUGCUUCCCUCCUCAUUCUUUCCUUCUGUGGAAAGUCACAGGUGGGGGAGCUGACCAGGUUCCAGGCCCCAUCUGGACGGGGGCAGGGAAGGGCCACACACCUGCUCACAGCCUUUCUGUAGACUUGGCAAAUGGUGACUGAAGGCUCAUAGCCCCCCACAGGGAAAGGGGAUCCCUCUGUUUCUUUCACUCUUGUGGUCCUAAGAUGUCUUGGGUUUGAAGUGUUCCAGGU